AUGUCAACGGAUGAAAAGCACUCAACACUUCAGGAAGCUAGUGGGCAACAAGGAGUCACUACGCCAAGCAACAGUGACUUUCUAGCUUGGUUUGACCACAGUGAAAUACAAAAUCUGCAUGAUGCUCCACGGCGCAAACGACGAAAGAGGUUUUUAAAGGCCGACAAAGAUUGCUCGCACGCGUCUCAGCAUGGAGAGGUAUACCCUAACUAUGAUGUCCACAGUGAUUUUGAUGACGUGUUUACGAUUGAUUCUGGAAUCAGAGAACCAACAAAAGAAGUGGUCAAGGACAGCUGGAUCAUGCUUAACACCCGUUUUUCUCAGCACACAAGUAGAGGUAUCGAUAGCGAAACUGGCUGCUUGGGUUUAACUCCGGUUUCAGACUCUCCUGUUGGCCAGUUAAUAAGUGAUAUGCAAAGUUUUACUUUUAAGGGAUCAAUGAAACGCUCAGCGUCCCAGAGACGGAAACGAAAGAAGCGCGCUAGCUGAAGAUUAUUCGGAAAGAGAGCAAUUGUUACCAUACAGUGGAACCUCGAUAUAACGAAGUGUCAAGGGAAUGGAAAAAUUUGUUCGCUAUAACCACGAGGUUUGGUUAUUCAGGCCAUUCGGCUUUCCCCGAUAGCGGAGGGGAGGGGUGGUUAAGGAGCUGAUUCCUGUGUAAACAUGGUGAGGACAAUCUUCAACAAAUUAGAAUUAAACCCCUUAUUGAGACCUUGGAUCUGGGCUUGACUGAAGCUUAAUUUGACCCUUAAAAAUACCAUUACAAAAACGGAGCCAAAUAAGAGCUAGGGUAAUUUUAACGGCCAGCAAUAAGAACGCUUGGGUCGAUUGCUUUAUGAGUAAUCGGUUCCUGACUUUCGUUAUUUCUUCAAGUACAUCUCUUUCACAUGACGUCACGGCGGCCCUAUUGGUGUCUCAAAAGGAUGCAACGGCGGCCAUGUUGGUGUUCCAAACCAAUCCUGUCGGAGUUGAACUCUUCCCUUAUGCAAACGCUUCUCUUUUUGUUCCAGUUGAUCUGCACAGAUUCUGGCAAAGUGAAUGAAAACGCUCUAUAAAGCCCCAGGUCGCAGGCCCAUGAUUUGUAAACAGGAAUUUUAAUCCUUAGAUAUAUGCUUAUUUUUGUGUAUGUUUUUAUAAAUCUUGUUUGGUUAUGUUCCGACUACAGUUGAAGGCUGCACUUUUGAAUUUAUUUGAAUAAAAUAAAGUAUGUGUUCUAAUCAGACUGUUUCGAGACGUUUUUUUUAUUGCGCUCAAAAACGCCACGAAUACUUUGGGAUCUAAGCACUGAACCCUGUUCAACCUAAGAGCUGUGUAGCUGUGGGCCCCAUCGAAUGUAGAGCAUCGAAUUUUUAUGGCGAAUUGAUGUCAAUGAAAACUUUUAAUUCAACCUAAGAGCUGUGUAGUUGUGGGCCCAAUCGAAUGUAGAGCAUCGAAUUUUUACUGUGAAUUGAUGUCGAUGAAAACUUUGAAGUGUAAAAAAGAUUAUGGAAUUUUAAAAUGUGAACAUGUGGAGAGAUAUGCUUCAGGAAAGAAGAGUGAAGAAUGAUAAAAAUGUUAAAAUCGAACCACAACAUCACACAUAAUUGUCGACAUACAACAAUACCCUUGCGAAAUUGUAUUAGCUCAGCAUCGGGGUAACAACCAGGAUUUUGCCGUAAAUGGAUCGGUUGUACAAGAUAUUUGGCUUCUAAUUUUUUCAGGGGAGGAUCUGAGGGAAAGGGGUUCUUGGGUGCCCAUGCAGGUUAGUAUACUGUACAAUAACGCCCUCCUCACCCUGCGGCACAUUGUACACUCCCCCUUCUCCCAUCUUACAACUAAUACCCCUUACCAUACUUCGUAUAUUAAGUGAACAACCCUACUACUCCCCCAAUCAAAACACAAAAUUCUUCCUUUGUUUCUUCAAGGGUCAUCUAUCUGAUCUGGUCUGAUAUGUAAAUAUUCAAUUAAAAAAAGCCAAGAGGGAACACUGUACAAAUAUCAAGACAUAAAUUGUAGCGUCGAAGAAGGACAACAAUAUUUAUUCAGGUAUCUAAAUAUCUAGAAAACGAUUUAAAGAACUUAUCUUUUAACGCUCUUCGCUUUGCUUGGGAAAUUGACGAGACACUUCUUGUUGUGUUUAUAUAUUACUUGAAACUCCUUUUAUUAUCUUCAAAAACAAAAAGAUCCAUUAGUAGCAUCCAUUUAAAUGAAAUCAUAUAGCGUUUGCAAGGGAUAAGUUAAAAAAGAAAACAGGAAAUAAUACGAAAGGUUACAAGAAGGUCAUUAUUUGAAUGACCACCAUGUACAAUUGUCGAAAAAUACCGUAAAAGCGUGUGCUCUUGAAGAGACAACAAGUAAGUUGUUAUCAAACAAUUGCGAGUACGUGAAACUUACGUCAGCGGAAGCGGAGGGCCUCGUCUUCAAAAGAUAUGCCAUAUCUGACGAUUACAAUGCAAUUUACCCCAGGAAAGCCGUGAAAAGCACCAAAACCACAGGAAACACAAGAGUUCCAAUGGCUAAAUCAAGCCAGGAGGUUUAUUUUACUUCUUCUCUGGGUAUCCUCGCAGUAUUAAUCGUGUUAUCCAACGUUUGCGUUUGCUGUUUGGUUUGCUUCAACAGAGCUCUUCGGACGUAUCCUAACUGGUUGAUAGUGUCCCUUGCUGUAUCCGAUAUUUUAACAGGGGGAGUUUUACUACCUGUUUACCUCAAUGAGCCUUCGUCAGUUGUCCCGGGUUAUUUAGCCUGUAUUAUAUUACUCUCAGGUGUUGCUAACUUAUGCUCUGUAACAUACGAUCGCUAUAUCGCCAUCAUGAAACCUCUCGAAUACCCGUAUCGGUCACCAGUGAUGUUCAAAAGAGCUUUGGUACUUUCGUGGCUGUUUCCAAUAAUCUACUCUCUACUUCCGCUGUUAUGGAACACCGAUCCAACGCGAGGUAUUCAUAAGGCGUACAUCAUAUGUUUACAGUUCUUUGGUAUUGUUGUUCCAUAUAUCUUCAUUACCUUUGCCUAUGUCAGAAUAUUCAGACAAGUUCGAGGCAGCCUAGCAAUGAAGAAUGACUUUCGAAUUGAUCCACCUCGAAGGACCAAGAACGACAAGAGAAGCACUUCAUCAGAUGUCCAAGUUGCCAAAGUGUUUUGCAUAAUUUCGGCAGCUUUUAUCCUCUGUUGGUUACCGAUUAUCUACAUCACAACUGCCAGUUCUAUAUUUAAUCGGCUUGACAUUAUCCCUCAAGCUCUGGUGACCGUUUCAUUUUUCACCAUAGCGAUCAGCUCACUUGUAAACCCUCUCAUAUACGCUUUUCUUAAGCCAGACUUUAAGUUGGCUAUUCGGACUAUAUUUUCGAGGAGAACUCGCGCGCAAUCGCGUGAGUCCUCUUCUGGAAUAAACUUGGUAUUAAAGAAAAGCAUAGAAGGAUCUUGA